UGUGUGUGAGUGUGUGUUCCGGAAAAUCUGUGUUAAAUUCUCAGCUAUGGGAGACCAGAGCCCGGGCCGGCUAAGUGUGAUGAGGGUGCUCACUGCAGCACUGUUUGUGGUCACACUCCAGUGUUCCUGGGCCCUGAGCCCCACCGACUGCACUGCUGCUGAGCCUGAGGCUGAGAAAGCUCUAGAGCUGAUCAAUAAAGGGCGACGGAGUGGCUAUCAUUUCCUGCUGCUGCGGGUCGCUGAUGCCCACUUGGAUAGAGCGGAACCUGCAACUGUGUAUUAUUUAGUCUUAGAUGUGCAGGAGUCUGACUGUUGGGUCCUAUCUGGGAAACACCUGGAGGCCUGUGAAGCAGCUUCUAGACGAACAUCCGAGAUAGUGAUCGGACAGUGUAAGGUGAUAGCUACAAGAUACUCAAAUGAAACUCAGGAUCUCAUAGUGAAUGCCUUUAACUGCACCACAAGUUCUGUUUCGUCAGCUCUGCGCAAUACCAAAGACAGUCCUGUCCUCUACGAUUUCUUCGAGGACACUGAGCCCUUCAGAAAACAAGCGGACAAAGCCCUUGACAAGUACAAAAGCGAGAACGAUGCUUUUGCUUCUUUCAGAGUGGACCAAGUAGCGCGAGUCAUAAGGGCGAGAGGAGGGGAAGGAACUGUUUACUUUGUGGAUUUCUCUGUGAGGAACUGCUCUGCGUACAGUCAUUUCCCCAGAGGACCUAACCUCUUUGGAUUCUGUAGAGCAGAUUUGAAGUAUGAUGUAGAAGCUUCUGAUUUGGAAACCCCGAUAAACAUUGCCAUAAACUGUGAAGUCUUUCACUUUGAGGAGUGUAGAAACGUCAGUGGUAUGCCGCCUCACAGGGGCCAUCCCCACCACUUUGGCAGGUGGAAGCAUCCAUUUAACCCAAAUAGAUCCAGAGAUCAUCAUCAUCCCCACAAGCCACAUAAAGUUGGAUACCCACCUCCCCCAGAAGAGAAAAAUAAAUCAGACCGACCACCACUGCCUCCUCCAGUGAUAGGAUGUCUUCACCAUCCUUUUGGUACCCAUAGAACCCACACACCUCCUCAUAAUCAUAGUUCCAGUGAGCAUGAUCCCCAUGGACACCCUCCCCAUGGACACCGUCCCCAUGGACACCAUCCCCAUGGACACCCUCCUCAUGGACACCAUCCCCAUGGACACCCUCCCCAUGGACACCCUCCCCAUGGACACCCUCCCCAUGGACACCAUCCCCAUGGACACCCUCCCCAUGGACACCCUCCCCAUGGACACCAUCCCCAUGGACACCCUCCCCAUGGACACCAUCCCCAUGGACACCAUCCCCAUGGACACCAUCCCCACGGCCAUCAUUUCCAUGACUAUGGACCCUGUGAUCCACCAGAUGAUCAACAAUUUCUCAAAGAUCUCCACCGUAAUGGUCAUGGUCCUGGUCCUGGUCAUGGUUAUGGUCAUGGUCCUGGUCAUGGUCAUGGUCCACCACAUAGGCACUCAGGAGAAAGAGGUCCAGGUAAAGGACGCUUUCCUUUCCAUAAAAAAGAAAUUGGAUAUGUUUACCGACUCCCUCCACUAAAUAUAGGUGAAGUUCUUCCUCUGCCUGAAGCCAAUUUCCCCAGUUUCCCAUCUCCAAACUGCAGCAGUUCCCUACAGCCCUUCCCUCAACCAGCUCCUCCCUCUGAGUCAUGUCCAGGGAAGUUCAAGACUGACUUCCCACAACUUGCCAAAUUUUUUGCAUACACAUCUUUAAAAUAAAACCUGAUUCCUUAAAAGAGAAAAAAGGAAUAAUGUUGUGAGUGAGAAUCAUGAAUAAAAUGUGACCGACGAUAAAUGAAAA